CUUCCCUACGAACAUUCACACACCAACCCCUCACAAACUUCCUGUGAAGCGACAAACCGUGUUUUUGGGACUUCACAGCGUCCUCUCACCCUCUCGCAACCGCUCCCUAACCUUCGACACACGCACUUCACAACCGCCCGCGUGCUCCCAUCUCUGACUUUCAAGGCGCGCCUUCGCCCAUUCAUACACCCGCAACCAUAAACAUGGCUAAAAAUGUUACUGUCAUGCCCCAACUCCCAGGCAAGGACGAUAUCCAGGGCACUUGGAACUUUCUCGCCAUAGGAGUCGAGAAGAUUAUGAACCACCUCCGUGACGGUAUCGACCUCAAGACGUACAUGAGUCUGUACACAGCCAUCCACAACUUCUGUACCGCUCAAAAGGCUGUCGGCCAAACAACCAACCUCAACGCCACACAUCGUGGAGCACACCUCCUCGGAGAAGAUCUGUACAAGCGCCUCAAUGACUACCUCAAAUCUCACUUGGCUAGUGUCCAUGCCGAGAUGGUCAAGCACUCGGACGAGGCCCUCCUGUCUUUCUACAUCAAGGAGUGGAACCGAUACACCACCGCAGGCACCUAUAACAACCAUUUGUUCCGUUACCUCAACAGACAUUGGGUUAAGCGCGAGAUAGACGAGGGCAAGAAGGAUAUCUACGAUAUCUACACCUUGCACCUUGUCCGCUGGAAGGAAGAUAUGUUCGGAACCACCCAGAACGCUGUUAUGGAUGCCGUAUUGCACCUGGUGGAGAAGCAGCGCAACGGUGAGACGAUCGAGCAGAGUCAGAUCAAGAGCGUCGUCGACUCGUUCGUGUCGUUGGGUAUCGAUGAGCAGGACAGCACAAAAUCCACCCUCGACGUCUACCGCAUCUACUUCGAAAAGCCUUACCUCGAGUCCACCGAAAAGUACUACGCCCAGGAGUCCCGCCAGUUCCUCGCCGACAACAGUGUCGUCGAAUACAUGAAGAAGGCCGAACAGCGCCUUGAAGAAGAGAAGGAGCGUGUUCCUCUGUACCUGCUCAACGAGAUAAUGGCUCCCCUGAUGAAGACUUGCGAAAAGGCCUUGAUUACCGAUCACUGCGCCAUUCUGCGCGACGAGUUCCAGGUUCUUCUCGACCACGAUAAAGUUGAAGACAUGACCCGCAUGUAUAAGCUGCUAGCCCGCAUUCCCGAAGGACUGGACCCUCUGCGUAGCCGAUUCGAGGCCCAUGUUCUCAGAGCUGGUAACGCUGCUGUCGACAAGGUCGCCUCGGCCGCUGAGAACGCUCUGGACCCCAAGACCUACGUCGACGCUCUGCUCGAGGUUCACACCAAGUACUCCGAUCUUGUACAGACUGCUUUCAACGGCGAGUCAGAGUUUGUCCGCAGUCUCGACAACGCUUGCCGCAAUUAUGUCAACCGCAACGCCGUCUGCAAGAACGGUUCAACACGCUCUCCAGAACUUCUGUCCAAGCACGCCGACACUCUUCUGAAGAAGUCACAAAAGAGCACUGAAGAAGAUGACAUGGAGCAGAACCUGAACCAAGUCAUGACCGUCUUCAAGUACAUCGAGGACAAGGAUGUGUUCAACAAGUUCUACUCCAAGACUUUGGCCAAGCGUCUGGUCCAGGGCACUUCUGCUUCUGGUGACGCUGAGACUAGCAUGAUCUCCAAGCUGAAGGAUGCAAGUGGUUUCGAGUACACCAACAAGCUCCAGCGUAUGUUCCAGGACAUGCAAACAUCCAAGGAUCUGAACGCAUCAUAUGACGACUGGUGCAAGGAGAAUCUUGACGAGGCUGAUCGCAAGACUGCCAUCGACUCCUACUACAACAUCCUCGGUACUGGUUUCUGGCCGCUGCAACCCUCAAACACCCCCUUCACACCGCCUCAAGACAUUGCGCGCACAUAUGAGCGUUUCCAGAACUACUACCUUAGCAAGCAUGGUGGCCGCAAGCUGACAUGGCUGUGGCAUCUCUGCAAAGGUGAGAUCAGAGCCAACUAUGUCAGAAUGAACAAGGUUCCCUACACCUUCCAAGUAUCUACCUACCAGAUGGCCAUCCUGUUGCUCUUUAACGACAGCGACACGGUGACCUACGAUGAGAUGUCCGAAGCUACCAAGCUCAACAAGGACACUCUCGAUCCCUCAGUCGCUAUCAUGCUCAAGGCAAGAGUGCUCACAGCCAAGCCCGAUGGUGCUGGCCAACAAAGCGGAACCACCUACACGCUCAACCAGGGCUUCAAGAACAAGAAACUGAAGGUCAACCUCAACAUCGCCAUCAGAUCUGAGCAGAAGCAAGAAGUCGAGGACACGCACAAGACCAUUGAGGAGGACAGAAAGAUGCUCAUGCAGUCUGCCAUUGUCCGUAUCAUGAAGUCUCGCAAGACCAUGAAGCACACACAGCUGGUUGCCGAAGUCAUCUCGCAAAUCAAGAACAGAUUCGUGCCUAAGGUGCCCGACAUCAAGAAGUGCAUCGAUAUCCUUCUGGAGAAGGAAUAUCUCGAGCGUUUGGAGGGCGAUGAGCUCGGCUAUUUGGCUUAGAAAAAGAAGCUACGAAACAUGCGAACAGGAGUUAUGGGUACCAUGGCAAAAAUGGGGUUGCCCAGGUAGAAUUUCGAGCAAGGCGUUCUGGUUCGGUUGUGGCUUUUCCAUUCUUGCAAUGAAUAAUCCUCUUUAUAAUGGGGAGAGAUUCGUAGAAACGUUAUCACAUCUGUAUCUACCUUGAAUCACCCAACCAUAUGUUUUAACGAGACAA